AUGGAUGAUGGUCGCCGGCCUGACCAAGCCGGUCCCACAUCGACUCUAGCAGAGGAAUACCUGUCUUUGAUGCAAGAAGAGUUCUUUAUUGAGCUAUACUGGCAAUCUCACCAUGCAGCUGUCUUUCCGAUCAUAGAUGAGGCCGAGUUUCGUGAGCACUACAGAUCCUUAUGGACCGCUGAGGGCAACGUUAGGAAACCCUCCCCCCUUGUUGAUAUCGUGAUUGCAGUGUCAAUGCAGCUUGGCAUCUCGGCAACUCCAGCGGCUCGGCGGAAUUUCGCCAAGCAAGAAGGCGAUGCUACAGUUGUUGGCCGGAGAUACUAUCUUCGCUGCCAGAAGCUUCUGGCAUACGAGCUGGAGAGCCCUGUCAUCUCAACUCUGCAAAGUCAGAUACUGUGCUCCGUGUAUCUCUGCUGCGCAAACUUUCAGAACAUGUCAGACAGUGCUUGCAGCCCGGUUAUCAGAUCUGCACACAUGCUCGGCCUUCAUUUAGAUCCACCAGAAAGCCUGCCGUUGAAAGACAGGGAGAUGCGAAGGCGACUAUGGUGGGCCAUCUAUAUCCUGGAUAGCAAGAUUGGCAUGAAAUAUGGCCGACCCUUCCUCCUGAACCAGACUAGGUUUCUCCCACAACUCCCGGAGCAUAGCCUCGAGGCUGCCAUGGAGGCAGGAUCCAGAUUCAGUCCCCUCGGCUCCAACCUCAGUUGGUUGACUUUUCAUCGUCUUCAAACGGAGUUAUUCCUAGCUGCAAGGACCGUCUACACAUCCUUCUUCGACGACGCAUCAGGGGCAUUCACAGGCAAUUCUGCCUCGGAAAACAUAGACGCUUUUGAAGCCCAUGCAGAAGCUUUCCGCAAAAGCCUUAGAGAGGUUGAUAAUUGGGCCCAAUCCGUGCCCGAUGCUCUCAAGACCUCGCGACUCAACAAUGGACGCCCCCUUUCGACAGACUCUUGUCCUCUCGACUUGGAACUCUUUGCGCCCCUCUGGCUUCAACGGCAACGCCUCUUGCUGGAACUCAUGUAUCACAACCUUUGCAUCAACCUCUGUCGUCCAUUUAUCUUUGCUUGUUCAGCGUCAACAUCUGGUGGCGUAGAGCAGUUGGGGGUUAGGUGUGCUCAACACGCUGCAACUUUUACCAGAAUUAUGCAUCAAGUCCUUUUCUCUACAGAUAUCUUGAAUGGCUGGCAUGAAACAUUCCAGUGGCAGUGGAAUGCGGCCAUGACACUUGUAGGCUUUGUUCUGGCUUACCCCCAAGCUACGUCCACAGCUGAGGCUAGGAAGGGGGUCAACACCUCCUUGGAAGUAUUGGAUAUUUAUAGCACCAGCUUUGCGGUGGCAGCAAAGGCUGCUGAUGUUGUUCGCCGGCUUCGCGCUGAGGUUGAUCGUGUCGCCGUCAUCACGCGUCAAAACUCAGGUGUGCAGGUCUUGACGAGACAGACUGGGGGAAUUGAAAUGGCCCAGGCUGUCCCUGCUGACGCAUCAUCAGGGGCUUAUGAAAAUGCUCCGGGCGAGACCACUGACGGACUACCGCUGGCGGAAAACGGAAUCGACAUUGGCGACAUGAGUUCGACGUCUCUGCAGGCCAUUCUGAACAUGGCCUUUGACGUCGACCAAUGGGCCGAGCCUUAUAUGCUCUGGCCGAAUGGAGAUGGGUCGGGACUGUGA